AUGGCCAUGCCCAAGAGCUGCCUGAGCCCAGUGCCCUGGGAACAGGAUGGCUUUCUCUGGGUGAAGAUGGAGGAGGAGGAGGCCAGUCUCUCCCAGGUCCAGGAAUCUAGCUUUGGCCACACCGUCCACCCUGAGGCUGCACGCCUGCACUUCCAGCACUUCUGCUUUGAGGAGGCGUCCAGCCCUAGCGAGGCACUGGCCGGGCUCCGGGAGCUCUGCCGCCAGUGGCUGCAGCCCGAGACACACUCCAAGGAGCAGAUGCUGGAGCUGCUGGUGCUGGAGCAGUUCCUGGGCACGCGGCCCCCCGAGAUCCAGUCUUGGGUGGGCGCUCAGUGCCCCAAGAGUGGCGAGGGGGCUGCUGUGCUGGUGGAGGAUCUGACUCGGGCACUGGACAAGAGAGGCUGAGUGCUGGGAUCUGAGCUCACAGACACCAGCUGUAAGCAGAGCGGUUCGGAGGAGUCGGAGCCCUGGGACAGGGCUGCCGAAACCCUGGGAGGGAGGACUCCCCCGCGAGCCACCUUUGGUGGUGACUGUGAAUCCCGGGGCAGCUCAGAGAGGCAGGCCAGACUCUCAGGGGAAACGUGGGCCCAGUCUGCCCACCAGAUGGAUGUCAGGAAAACGUCAGGGCCUUACAAGGAGGGGCCCCCAGCCCAGCCCAGCUGUGACGCUGGUGCCUUGGGGGACAGCCCCCACAUGCGGCCAGACCUCACCUCCCGAGAGAAGACUCCUUCUGAGGAGAGAUGGGAUCUACAGGAUGGUUGUGGGACAGAGCCUCCAGGCACGUGCUCAGGGAGGAAGCCCCCCACGUGUGGAGAGUGGGGGAAGACCCUCCAGAGCCCCUCGGAGGCCCACCAGAAGAGCCAGGCCCGCAGGACGCCCUACACGGGCAGCGAGUGUGGGAAAGCCUUCGGCCGGAGCGCCCACCUGGCCCAGCACCGGGGGGUGCACACGGGGGCCGAGCCCCACGCGUGCAUGGAGUGCGGCAAGCCCUUCGGUCGGCUCACCCACCUGAGCCAACAGCGGAGGGUGCACACCGGUGAGAAGCCCUACGCCUGCGGAGAGUGCGACAAGGCCUCCCGCCGCAGCACCCACCUCAGCCAGCGCGGGUGGACGCACACGGGCGAGCGGCCCUGCACGUGCGACGCCUGCGGCCAGGCCUUCAGCCAGAGCACGCGUCUGACCCAGCACCAGUGCGUGCACACAGCCGAGAAGCCUGAGUGCAGCGCCUGCGGCCGUGCCUUCAGCGACUGCGCCGCGGUGCGGCACCUGCGGGCGCGCUGCGGGAGAAGCCCUGCCAGGGGCCGGGAGGGCCGCAAGGCCUUGGCGCAGAGCUCCUCCCUCCUGGGGCGCCGGCGCAUGCACACGGGCGAGACGCCCUACCGGUGCAACGGCGGCGGGAAGGCCUUCAGCCGCAGCUCGGCCCGCAUGGUUCACCUGCGCCUCCACCUCAGCGUCCUCCAGGGACCGGCGCGCCUCCCGCUGCGGCGCCGCCCUGGCGAGGAACCUGAAUUCCAGAAGAGCCAGGACAGCUGGACUGGGGACUGGUGCGUCCCCGAGACGACAAGGGGCUUCCGGGCAGAAUCUGCGGCUGCCGGGGGACAGCGCUUCCUUCAGGGAUGUGGAAGGAGGUUCUUCAGGCCAGCCCGCGAAGCGCCCAGAAGCCCCCGGCCGCCCUCCGCUCCCCUCUCAGGGCCAUCUCAGGACAGCUGA